AUGCCGCGGCUCAGUCUGCUCCGUUGGCGGCAAUUCGCAUUAUUUGCCUACUUGUUUACAACAGUAUCGGCGCAAUGGAAUCCAACUUGGAAGGAUUCAAAUCAAACGAAUUUAAAUGAUCCAUAUUCUGGAGAUCAAGAAGUAAAACGAUAUACUGGUGACAAUAGAUAUGCCAUUUCAAACCAGAGAGGCAACUCUACAAAUUGUACACCAAAAUGUUUCGCGGAAAAAGGAAGUCGAGGACCACCGGGCUCAACUGGUUCACCAGGUCCUCAAGGAAUACAAGGAUAUCAAGGACUUGAAGGCCUUCCAGGUCCAGUGGGUGAUAAAGGAGAUAUCGGUCCCAUAGGUGUACGAGGACCAAAAGGAGACAGGGGGGAAAGACCCGAAGACAUGUUGAGUGCAUUGAAGCAGACCAGAGGUGGUUAA